AUGCUGAACGCGACCCCUAGGACGGUGGUCACCACUCUCAUAGGCUUCUUCACUGUUACGGAGUUUACCUGUCUAGUGACACGAGAGGAAAACACAGAUGGCAAUCAGGAGUUAUUUCCCUGUGAAGUCUGUGGAAGACGCUUUGCAGCAGAUGUUCUGGAAAGGCAUGGACCAAUAUGUAAAAAAAUCUUCAACAAAAAGCGUAAUCCUUUCAAUUCCUUGAAGCAAAGAUUACAGGGCACUGACAUUCCCACUGUGAGGAUGUCUCCUCAAUCCAAGCCUCAGCCUGUGAGAAAAGCUAACUGGAGACAACAACAUGAAGACUUUAUUAAUACAAUUCGAUCAGCAAAGGAGUGUACCCUCGCCAUGAAAGAAGGGCGGCCUCUCCCGCCUCCUCCCCCUGCGUCCAUCAACCCAGAUUAUAUCCAAUGCCCAUAUUGUUUGAGGAGGUUUAAUGAAAAUGCAGCCAGUCGACAUAUUAAUUUCUGCAAGGAUCAGUCUUCUCGCCGAGUCUUUGACGCAGCCCAGACGGCGGCCAAACUGGCGUCCAGAGCGCAGGGCAGGGCUCAGAUGAGCCCAAAAAAAGGACCGACCGUUACCAGUGCCGUGGGAACCCUGCUACAGAACAGGGCCCUUGAGGCCCUGAGAGUGAACCCCGCGAGGCCAGGAUUAGCCAUGGACCCUGCUUCUGGAGCAAAACUCAAACAAGGAUUUACUAAAUCUUCUAAAAAAGAUUAACUCCCUAGAGGCCAGACUGGCUCCCUAACCCUCCUCAGCAUGGACAGCUGUGGUCCCCGGAAUGCCACCUGAAAGGAAGGAACCGCAGAGGUCUGUUUAGAUGCCUGUGAUUCCCCUGGAGACAUCAUGUAGAGCACGGGAAAACUAGCCUCCAAUUUUCUUAUUUGCUCCCUUCAAAAUAUUCAAAACCAAAUCAUUAAACAAUGCAUUAAUCUGUAUGAUAAUAC